AUGUUUUACGGAGACCGUGAGGAAACAUCACAACAGAAGCCUGAGAUAAAUUCAUCAAUUUAUGGAGAAAGUUCUUCCUGUGCUGGGAGAGCUCUCAGGAAUAUUUUUACUCUACAAGCGUCUGACCUGAUUAAAGACAGAGUGUACCUUACUGGCAUUUGCAGGAGAAGCUGUGUUGGAUCAGAACUGGUAGACUGGCUUUUGGAGCAGUGCCCUUUUGUUAAGUGCAGAUCUACAGCAGUUGGAGUGUGGCAGCUCCUCCUGGAUAUGGGCAUUAUAUUAUCAGUGGACAGACAACUCUAUUUUCAAGAUAGUCAUGCUUUCUACCAGUUCUCAGCAGAUGAAUGUACCUACCUUUUCUGUGAAUUUGAGAAAGAGGAAGGAUGGAAGAAUGGAGUAAAGCUCCUCCUUCAACUACUGCCGUUGUCUCCUCCCAGGAUUGACAUGUGUAAUCU